AUGACGCUCCAACGGCUGGCUGAUCUACUGGUAUCAGGGGCCUCAAAGGAGGAGAAGAUGGCAGCUGGCGCCGAGCAGGGUUCCAUCUUGGCCCACAUUCAAGCAAAUGAUGCCAAGGAGGAGCAGAAGACGAAAAUGCCCAAGACGCUAGCAAGGAUCAAAGAGGAAAGGUUGGCGUCAAAAGAACAACUGAAAGCCGUGAAUCACAUCUUGCAACAGUUGCAGACCGACCUGGAUUCCUGCAUUCCCGAAGAACAUCUACAUCCCGUAUCCCCGGACGAGGAAAUUCGCAUGGUGCAUGAAAGCAAGGAUGGCACUCGCAAGCCCUACAUCGUCAACCGCUCAACCGGCCAAGCGUCCUGGGAUGUUCCACGCAUCGGUGCAAGCGGAUGCCACACCAGACUGUCCUUGUGUCCGGACGAGGGCUCGGCACUGUAUGCAGUAUACGAAUAUCUGUGCUCACAGAACGUUGCUGUGAUGUUCAACCGCGAUAGCCUGCAGCCCAACUGA